UUUAUCUUCAUUCCUCUAAAAACCUAAUUCACCCAAAUCCGCCAUGAAAAAGAUCAAUGUGAUGCUUAGAAAGUGCAAAACGCUAUCGAAACAAUUAAGAAGGAGUUCUUCGAAUCUCAGUUCGGGAUCUAAAUCUGCUAGACAUCAUCAAGACGGAGCCGCCGCAGGCGGCGGAGGAGGCGGUGGAAUAAUCUGGAAUACUAAUGCUAUUUCCGUCUAUGGAAGCGACGGUAAUGGAAGUGGAAACGAAGAAGAGCCUCGAGAAAUUGUAUUCGUUGGAAGCACGAGGAAACGGUACGUGAUUAGUUCGAAGUAUUUGAGUCAUCCACUUGUUAAUGCUCUAAUCGAGAAAUCGAAGCCGGCUGGUAAUGGUGAAGUAUCGGUAAUCAAUUGUGAGGUUGUACUUUUUGAUCAUCUGUUAUGGAUGCUUGAGAAUGCCGAUUUUAAUGUGACUUCUGAUUGUUUGGACGAAUUGGCUGAUCUCUACUCUUCUUGAGGGAUUCUCUAAAUCGCAUGAAACUGUGAAACAAGAUCUAUAAAAAUUUUAGGUUUUCAAAUGUGGACGAAUUAGUGCAUCCAUCUCAAAAGUCGUGAUGAUUUCAUGCAUUAAUUUGUUUCAUUGAUUCAUGAAUUUAAUUUCUCGUUUAUAUGUAUAUGUAGUUUAGCACUAUUUGUUAGUCGAUUCAUCGAUCUUCUUCCUCUGAGUUCGAAUAUAUCAUCAAUGGUUUAAUUAAAUAAGUUCUUUUUCGAUUU